AUGGAGAUUAAUUGUGUGUCACAAAGCUCGGGAUCAAACUUAGAGGCUGAGGAUUUCCUGGGCCAGGCUUUGCAGGAGGAGCCGCUGGGCGCCCGGGCCCGCGAGCAGCGGGACUCGAUUCUCUGCCACCUCCAGCGCCUCAAAGCCAGGUACCACCUGGAAUUCCCAUCCCGAGGGGAGGAAGAGCACGAGGAAAAUUCCGAUGAAAUUCCCGGCUGGAAUUUCGGCCCUUCCCGGAUUUCUGAGGCCUCGUUCCCAGCAGAAUUCCAGCACGAGGGCCUGGAGGAGAUCCCACGGCCUGUCCCGUAUUCCGGGAAUAUUCUGAAGCAAGGAUACCUGGAGAAGAGAUCCCGAGAGCCCAGCUUUUUCGGCUCCGAGUGGCACAAGCGCUGGUGCGUCCUCACCCAACGGAAUUUCCUCUACUACGCCAACGAGAGAAGCAAGCAGCCCAAAGGCUCCUUUCCCAUCGAGCGCUACCAGGCUCGUCUGGAUUCCCAGCUCCGGAAAGAUUCCCGAAAAAAAUGCUGCUUCCAGCUGGUCUGUCCUGGAAAACGCUCCUACGAGUUCACAGCUCCGAGCCUGGCCGAGGCCCAGGAUUGGGUGGAGCAGAUCCAGUUCCUCCUCAAGGACCUGAGUUCCCUGACCAUUCCCUGCGAUGAGGAGGAGGAGGAGGAGGAGGAGGAGCUCUCCAAGGACCGGGACAGCUCUGAUUCCAUGAACAAUUCCCAAAAUUCCACCCUGAAUCUGGAAGAGACGGAGCUGGAAGGUGACGACAUCUAUGAGGUGCUGCCAGAUGAGGAGAUGGAGGUGCCACUUCCAGAGGAUGAGGAGAAUUCUGGGAGCGGGGAAGAAAAUUCCGACGAGGAUUAUUCCAGUUAUUACCAGGGAUUGUGGGAUUGCCGCGGGGACAAUCCUGACGAGCUCUCCUUCCAGCGGGGCGACCUCAUCCGCAUCCUCAGCAAGGAAUAUCACAGGUACGGCUGGUGGGUCGGGGAGCUCGGUCAGGAAAUUGGGAUCGUCCCGAGGGAAUUCCUGGAACCCGCCUUCGACCUGGAGGAGUGA